AUGGCAGAAAUCGCAUUGUCCUUUGCUCGUGAGCAUUUGCUUCCUCUGUUUAUGGAAGUAGCCAAUAUGCUGAGAGGUGUUCCUAAAGAAGUAGAAGACAUUAAAGAUGAAUUAGAAAGCAUUCAAGCUUUGAUCAAUGAUGCUGAUAAAGUGACUGAAGCUGAAUCUGAAGAGGAUAAAAGUCGUGAUGGAAUCACAAAAAGGGUGAAGCAACUGAGAGAAGCCUCUUUUUGCAUAGAAGAUAUCAUUGAUGAAUAUAUCAUGUGUGAGGAAAAGGAGUCUCAUCCUGGAUGUGCUGCUAUACCGUGUGAGACUGUUGACUUCAUCAAAACUUUGAUCCUUCGUCUUCAAAUAGCGUAUAAGAUUCAGGAUGUUAAAUCACUUGUUCGUGGAAUCAGAGAAAGUAGUUCUGGAAGAGAUGGCAUGCAAAGCCAGUGUUGUUUAGAACAAAGACCAAACAGCUGUAAAGGAAAUCAAAAUGUCACGUGGCAGAACCUUCGAAUGGCUCCUCUAUAUAUUGAGGAAACUGAGGUUGUGGGAUUUGAAGGUCCAAGAGAUGAAUUGAUUGAUUGGUUGAUGAAAGGACGACCAGAACGCACUGUUAUCUCUGUGGUAGGAAUGGGAGGACUAGGAAAAACCACGCUUGUUAAGAAUGUUUUUUACCACAAGGAGAUCAUUAGACACUUUGAUUGUCAUGCAUGGAUCACAGUUUCCCAAUCCUACACUGUAGAAGGACUGUUGAGGGAUAUGUUGCACAAAUUUUACAAGGAAAAGAUGGAGGUAAAUCCUCAUAAUAUUGCUGGAAUGGAUCGAGAAUCGUUGAUAAAUGAAGUGAGGAACUACUUGUGGCAAAAGAGGUAUGUUGUCUUGUUUGAUGAUGUAUGGAAUGCACAUUUUUGGGAUGAGAUUGAAUUUGCUGUAGUUGAUAAUAAAAAUGGAAGUAGGGUAUUAAUCACAACCAGGAAGAAGGAUGUUGCUGUGUCUUGUAGGAAAUCUUCUUUUGUUCAAGUGCAUGAGUUGCAGCUUUUAAGUGAAGAAAAAUCUUUAGAAUUGUUCUAUAAGAAGGCUUUUCGAUACGAUUUUGAUGGAUAUUGCCCAAAACAACUUGUAGAUACAUCUUUUGAAAUUGUUAAAAAGUGUAAAGGGUUACCUCUCGCAAUUGUGGCCAUUGGUGGUCUUUUAUCUAGCAAAGAUAAAGUUGCACUUGAAUGGGAAAUGUUCAGUCAAAAUUUAAGUUCAGAGUUGGAGAGGAAUUCUAAUUUAACUGGCAUAACAAAAAUUUUAGGUUUGAGUUAUGAUGAUUUGCCUUACAAUCUCAAAUCAUGUCUACUCUAUUUUGGAAUGUAUCCUGAAGACUGUAAAGUUAAAUCUAGUAGACUGAUUAGGCAAUGGAUAGCUGAAGGGUUUGUCAAACAUGAAAGGGGAAAAACUUUGGAAGAAGUUGCAAAACAAUAUUUAACAGAGUUGAUUCGUAGAAGUUUGGUGCAAAUAUCUUCAUUUACCAUUGAUGGCAAAGUUAAAGGAUGUCGUGUUCAUGACUUAUUGUAUGAGAUUAUCCUUAGAAAAUUUGAGGAUACAGGGUUUUGUCAAUGUAUCACUGAGCAUGAUAAAUCAUUGCCAAGUGGCAUCAUUCGACGCCUAACAAUAGCAACAAGUUCUAAUGAUUUAAUGGGAAGUAUUGAAAGCUCACACAUUCGGACAAUUCUAAUCAUCACAGAUAAAGGAUUAUCUGAAUACAUCUUAAGGAGAAUCCUUACAAAAUACAUGAUGCUGAAGGUACUUGAUUUUGAAAAUGCUCGAUUAUAUUAUGUUCCUGAAAGUUUAGGGAAUUUGAUCUACUUGAAGUAUUUAAGCUUCAGGAAUACAUGGGUACAAAGUCUUCCAAAAUCCAUUGGUAAGCUCCAGAACUUGGAGACCUUGGAUGUUCGACAAACGCGUGUGCUUGAGAUGCCAAGGGAGAUUUGCAAGCUUAGAAAGUUACAUCAUCUUUUGGCUAACAUUAUAUCUUCAAUUCAAUUGAAGGGUAGUCUUGGAGGCAUGACAUCCCUACUAAAGAUACGUUUACUAGAAAUAGAUUAUGAUGGAAUGGUGAUUAGAGAGCUUGGAAACCUAAAGCAAUUAAGGGAUUUGCGCAUAAGUAAUUUCAGGGAAGAACAUGGAAGCACUUUAUGUUCCUCAGUAAAUGAGAUGCAACACUUGGAGAAGCUAUAUAUUUAUACAGCAAAUGAUGAAGAAGUGAUUGAUUUGCACUUUAUUUCAUCCUUAUCAACUCUUAGGAAGCUUUGCUUGCGUGGGAAGUUAUUAAAGUUCCCAAAUUGGAUUCCAAAGCUCGAAAAUCUUGUUAAAUUGUCCUUGAAAUCCUCCAAGUUAAUUGAUGAUCCCCUGAAAUCACUAAAAGAUAUGCCAAAUUUGGUGUUCCUCUCUAUGAGUUACCAUGCUUAUGAAGGUGAAAGUUUGCAUUUUCAAAAUGGAGGGUUUCAAAAACUGAAGGAACUACAACUUAGAUAUUUGUACAACUUGAAUUCCAUCUUUAUUGAUAAAGGAACAUUGCAUUCUUUGGAAAAGCUUGAGUUAACAGAAAUCCCUCAACUCAAGAGAGUACCCUUUGGCAUUCAACACUUAGAGAAACUUGAAGUUCUCAAUAUCCAAAUUAUGCCAACUGAAUUUGAGCAGAGCAUUACUCCCAAUGGAGGACAAGAUCAUUGGAUCAUCCAACAUGUGUCCCGUGUAAGUAUUAUUACGUGGGCUAGUGAAGGACAUGGAGGAAAUAAUCCACACUAUUCAUCACUCACGGAGAGAGAAAUCAUAAAGCAUCCAACUUUGGAAAUAAAAGGUUAUGGCACUGCAUCUUCUCUUUCGGAUUUGGCACUUCAAUACCUAAACUAA